UCUUUGCUCAGACCAGCCGUCAUCAAGUAGCUUACCGCUUCUGUCGCUUAAAAACGGGACAGGUGCAGCAACCAGGAUGACUUCCAACGAAUACCUUAUAAUUUCACCAUCACCCCGUGAACUUACUCAGAACCCGCUGAAGAAAAUAUGGAUGCCAUGUAAAAACGGGCUCUUUGUACACAUUUCACAAAGAAGGGUAUGUAUGACCAACUGUCCCACCCUCAUUGUGACGGUGGGCCUCCCAGCGAGAGGGAAGACCUACAUCUCCAAGAAACUGACCCGCUAUCUCAACUGGAUUGGUGUGCCAACCAAAGAGUUCAAUGUGGGUCAGUACAGGAGAGAGUGUGUGAAGAUCUACAAGUCUUUUGAGUUUUUCCAUCCAGACAAUGAAGAGGGGCUGAAGAUCAGGAGGCAGUGUGCACUGACGGCGCUGAAUGAUGUGCGCCACUACCUGACUGUGGAUGGAGGCCAGGUGGCGGUGUUUGAUGCCACUAACACCACCAGGGAGAGGAGAUGGACCAUCACCAGGUUUGCAGAGCAGAACGGCUUUAAGGUGUUCUUUGUGGAGUCUGUGUGUGAAGACCCUGAUGUCAUUGCGGAGAACAUAGUGCAAGUGAAGCUGGGUAGUCCUGACUACAUAGAUAGUAAUACAGAGGAGGUAAUCGAGGACUUCAUGAAGAGAAUCAAGUGCUACGAGAACUCUUACCAGCCACUGGACGAGGUUCUAGACAGGGAUCUGUCCUACAUUAAGAUAAUGGACGUGGGCCGGAGGUACCUGGUGAACAGGGUGUUGGACCACAUCCAGAGCCGCAUCGUCUACUACCUGAUGAACAUCCACAUCACACCACGCUCUAUCUACCUGUCUCGCCAUGGAGAGAGUGACCUCAACGUCAAAGGACGCAUCGGAGGAGACUCAGGCCUGUCUGACAGGGGCAAGGAGUUUGCAAAGAGUCUGGGGAAGUUUAUCCAGGAGCAGAACAUUAAGGAUCUGAAGGUGUGGACCAGCCAGAUGAAGAGAACCAUCCAGACAGCUGAGGCCGUGGCUGUGCCCUACGAGCAGUGGAAGGCUCUCAACGAGAUAGAUGCUGGUGUGUGUGAAGAGAUGAUGUAUGAGGAGAUCCAGGGACAUUUCCCUGUGGAGUUUUCACUUAGAGACCAGGACAAAUACCGCUACCGCUACCCUAAAGGAGAGUCCUAUGAGGACCUGGUGCAGCGGUUGGAGCCAGUCAUCAUGGAGCUGGAGAGGCAGGAGAACGUCCUGGUCAUCUGUCACCAGGCUGUCAUGCGCUGCCUGCUCGCUUACUUCCUGGAUAAGAGCGCAGAGGAGCUGCCUUACCUGAAGUGCCCUUUGCACACUGUACUGAAGCUGACCCCUGUGGCUUAUGGCUGUAAAGUAGAGUCUGUCUGGUUGAAUGUGGAAGCUGUGAACACCCACAGGGACAAGCCAGAGAAUGUAGACAUUUCACGGAUGCCGGAAGAAGCCCUGUUCACAGUCCCCGCCCACCAGUGAUGAGUGACAGCGCCCACAGGCUAGAUUCAAUCAGUUCUUCCUUAACCCGCGAUAACCGACAAUUGCAUAGCAGUUUCAUUGUUUUUAUUUAGGUGAUGUCGGAGGUGUAACUGCGUUGGAGCUGUCAAAUCAGCAAGCGACUCCCGGCGUUAUACCUAUUGCGGACAUUGCCAUUGGCUGUGCCGAGUCGCAUUAGUAAUAAUCCCAUGCAGCCUUGUUACAAGUUCGAACACUGGACUGUGUUGUAAUCUACACCUCGAUUAGGCUGAUAUGAAU